GAAAUUCAUCUGUGGGGAUUCCCCAAACACGUUAUGAUUUUUAUGACACCAUAUCAGUUAGACUCUACUCUUGAAAUAAAUGAUAAAUUAUUGGAAUAUCGACGAAUGGCAGGAUUCUGUUGGCAUGAUCUGCAGGAAUGGCUAUACGGUUCGGAGAGUAUUAAGUUUAAGAAUGAGGUCUUUGAAAAACUCCGUGCUAGUAAUGUUUUUGUUCGCGAUUGGCGAACAUUGACGAUGGAUGAAAGCCGCCAAAUAUGCGAUCGACGAUGGAAACAAUUUCUGGAAUACAAUUUCAUCACGUUCGAUGGGCUUAAAACAAAUCCUGAAAGAUUUGUGGAUUUCGCGGAAAUCUUAGAAAGUUAUGACCAAAGUUUAGCAGCAAAAUUCUAUAUCAGUGCCAUCUUCUAUGUUACAAUAUUAUCAAUGGGAACAAAUCGGCACCAUCAAAUACUCGAGAAAUGCAGGAACAAUGAGAUUGUCGGCUGCUUUUGUUUGACGGAACUGUCGCAUGGGUCAGAUGCGAAUUCGGUCCGCACUGAAUGUCAUUACGACGAGGGUCAAUUCUUGAUGCACACGCCGGAUAAUGAAGCAAUCAAAUGUUGGGCCGGCAACUUGGUGGAACAGUUUGUAUCGAAGAUGAAAUGA